GGGGGCGGGGAGGGAGUGACGCAGCAAGCCAUUAGCAUCAAGAAAAUCUAGCCAAGAGACAGCUAUGUUAUCAUAUUGCAGCACCAUUUUUUAAAACAAUUGGAAUCAGCUGCUACAUGCAGAAGUCCACCCACUGCAGCUCUCUGCAGUCUUUGGCCCGCUCCUGCAGAACGCAUCACAGAGCUCAUCGUGAUCCUCUACACCCCAGCCCAGGUCAUCACAGAAUCUGUCCCCCUCUGACAACCUCAGCACUGCCUUCAUCCCGGCGGCAGCAGUUUCAACCGCUGCUUUCGCAGACCAGCUACCGCUAGUUCCACCUCUGCCAAAGGCAUCGCGGCUUCUGAUAUUUGGUGAGUCUUUCCCUGCGGAGGUCAGAUCUCCCGAUCUUGGAGGUACCUACAUUAGGCGUGUACUGUUCUUUGAAAAAUGUCCAAGUCAGUCGACCACAAGGAAUUUUUAGAGUCCAGGCAAGAAGAAGCUGGUAAUAAGGUGAUGGUGGAGGGGCCGGGGAAACUGCUGGAGAGUAGUGAAAAUGCUGCAGUUCGGCCUGGGGAGCGCAGUGAAGAAGCUGCCUGUUGGCCUGGGGAAGAAGGGAGAAAAUAUGAAGAUGCUGCUGGGUCUGGGGAAGGAGGGGUAAAAAGUGAAGAUACUGAUGAGGACUCAGAUCCAGAGCGUCCAAAAGGACUUAUCGGUUAUCUUUUAGAUACAGACUUUGUUGAAAGUCUACCUGUCAAAGUUAAGUACCGUGUCUUAGCCCUCAAAAAGCUUCAAACUAGAGUGGCGAAUCUAGAAUCCAAAUUCCUGAGGGAAUUUCAUGGAAUUGAGAGAAAGUUUGCUGAAAUGUAUCAGCCCUUGUUGGAAAAAAGAUGUCAGAUCAUCAACGCAAUCUAUGAGCCUACAGAAGAGGAAUGUGAAUAUAAAUCAGACUGUGAGGACUAUGAUGAUGAGAUGUAUGAUGAGGAAGAAAUGUGUGGUAAUCAAGAGGGUUUGGUACAUGAGUACAUGGUUGAGGAUGAUGGUUAUGAGGAAGAUUAUUAUGACUAUGCUGUUGAGGAAGAUGACGACGAUGAUGAUGACGAUGAUGACGAUGAUGAGGAUGACGUCGAGGCUACUGGGGAAGAUAAUAAAGAAGAUCCUAAAGGAAUUCCUGAUUUUUGGCUAACUGUCUUAAAAAAUGUUGACACGGUCACUCCUUUGAUUAAGAAAUAUGAUGAGCCUAUUCUGAAGCUCCUGACAGAUAUUAAAGUGAAGCUCUCAGAUCCUGGUGAGCCUCUCAGUUUCACACUAGAGUUUCACUUCAAACCUAAUGAAUAUUUCAAAAAUGCGCUGUUGACAAAGACCUAUGUGUUGAAGUCAAGGCUAGCAUAUUAUGAUCCCCAUCCCUAUAGGGGAACUGCGAUUGAGUAUUGCACAGGCUGUGAGAUAGAUUGGAAAGAAGGAAAGAAUGUCACUUUGAAAACCAUCAAAAAGAAGCAAAAACAUUGGAUCUGGGGAACAAUCCGAACUGUCACUGAACAUUUCCCCAAGGAUUCAUUCUUCAAUUUCUUUACUCCUUAUGGAAUCAGUUCAAAUGGAAGGGAUGGAAAUGAUGAUUUUUUACUUGGUCACAAUUUACGUACUUACAUAAUCCCCAGAUCAGUAUUAUUUUUCUCAGGUGAUGCACUUGAAUCUCAGCAGGAGGGGGUAGUUAGGGAAGUUAAUGAUGAAAUUUAUGACAAAAUUAUUUAUGAUAAUUGGAUGGCUGCAAUUGAGGAAGUUAAAACCUGUUGCAAAAAUCUUGAGGCAAUGGUAGAAGACAUUGAUCGCUAAGGCAGAGUCUACAUGGCCCUGAAAUUAACAGCCUUAGAUGUAGUUACUCAAAAUAAAAGAGUUUGUCUUGUGUUCUAAAUUUUUCUGAUAGUGUUAGUUAAAGCAUAUGUCUCAGAAAUAUGAAAGAUGUUCAAAUGCUAAUUCAUUUGACCUUGCAUUUUAGUAGUAGAAUGCUUUCAAGAAAUGUACUCUGAGGUAAAACGAUUUAAGACAUUAAUAUAGUGUGGUGUACUUUAAUCCUUCUGAAGUCCUUUUGUCAUGUAACUAUUAAUCUGUGGCUGUGAAUAAUAUCCAGACUGCUAAAUGAGAUCAAUAUUUAUUUGGAAAGAAAAUUUUGGAGAACCCACCAAGGUUUUUUUGCUAUUGUUGUUUAUGUAUUAUUGGUUUUUUUUUCAGUAUUUUAGCUAAUGGAUUUAAUUUUGUUGUGCCUGUUUCAUUUUAAAAUAAAAAUACAAUAGAAUUUAAAACUUAAGUGCUUAAGUAAAAGCCUGCAAUGUGGUUAAGAAUUUCAGGCAAAACCAACUUUAUUGUUAAUAACAGCUUGUUCAUAGGCUCUUAUAUUAUGUGAUCAUAAUAAAUAAUGAAACUUAGUCAUAUUGAAGUUAUUGUUUUUCAGUGAAGUGUUAAUCACAGUAUUUUUCAAAAGAUUGCCACAUAUUUUUCUAUAUUGCCAUAUAAUUGUGUAAACUAUAAUUGCAGUGUGUAAUUUUUCUUUUCCUAUAGUACAUUUAAUCAUUCCUUGAAAGUGUUUAGCAUUUUGAAAAGAUUUUUCAUGUUCUUUCACUGGAAAAUAAAAUGAAUAAAAAUUUCAUUGUUUUAUGUUU